GCCCUGCACACAGUAAGCGCUCAAUAAAUACGAUUGAUUUGAUUGACUGAUUGAUUGUAACUGCGGCCACACAAGCAGCUGUGGCCGCCGGCUCCUCCCUCCGGGCCCGGCCGGGGUGGGUGGCCUCAUGCGGUUGCCCACCAUGUCCGGGCACUGUCUGCUCGCCCCCAUCCCAGAAUCCUCCGCGGCGCGCAGAGAUGUCAAGCUGGCCGUGCUGGGCUCCGGCCGCGUGGGCAAGAGCGCAAUUAUUGUACGCUUCCUGACCAAGCGAUUUAUUGGCGAUUAUGAACCCAAUGCAGGGAAGCUGUAUUCGAGACUCGUCCACAUAGAGGGAGACCAGCUGUCCUUACAGAUCCAGGACACGCCGGGCUGUAUUCAGGUCCGAGAGGACUCGGCCCAGGCAUUGGAGUCCCUGUCCGGGUGUGUGCGGUGGGCGGAGGGCUUCCUGCUGGUGUUCUCCAUCACGGACUACAGCAGCUACCAGGCCAUCCGGCCCCUGUACCAGCACAUCCGCAAGGUCCACCCGGACGCCAACGUCCCCGUCGUCAUCGUGGGGAACAAGGGGGACCUGCUGCACGCCCGGCAGGUGCAGGCCAGCGCCGCCGUCCAGCUGGCCGACGAGCUGGGCGGCGCCUUCCUGGAAGUGUCCACCAGCGAGGACUACGAGGGCGUGUGCGCCGUCUUCCGGCACUUGUGCAGGGAGGUCGGCAAGCUGCAGGGCGGCGGGGACAAGAGGCGCUCCUCCGUCACCUCCAGGCCCAAAUCGCCCAACGUGCAGGACCUGAAGAGGCGUUUCAAGCAGGCCCUGGCCUCCAAAGUCAGAUCCCCCCCACUGUUGGGGUGAGCGCGGUUCCACUAUUCCGGCGGGCAGCGGGACAGACUGGUUUUAUCACUUGAGAGUUUAUUUUUGUACAGCCGUUAUUGAUUUUCGUGCGUGUGUGUGUGUGUGCGGCGUGUGAGAAGAUGUUCUCCCACGGCCGCGCGGAGACUUUUGUAAAGGAAUUUGUAUCGCGCCAAAGCGAACGCGGGCCGGUCCUUUUCAUUAAAGGCAAAUCGAUACAAA